GCUGACAGAUUGAGGCAUAUGGGAUAAGUAAACAAAUGUAUUGAUAAUUUCAUCUAAACUUUCUUAAAUGUUUUGUCCAUUAUGGAUCUAGUUAAACCUAAUUGUAUUGUUGUCAACGGAAGAUGUUUCCGUGCCUUUUAUUCUGGAGGGGAAGCCAUUCAUUCCGGGAGCGCCAAUAGUUAUGAAAUUGAUGAAGAAUAUGUUGAUGAUUGCUCUGAAGAAGUGCCUGUUAAUGAUGAUCUUGAAUGUAUAGAUAUUGAAAAGGAUGAUCACGGAAAUUUUAUCCAUUCAAUGACAGUAGCCCCUGAAUUUUACGGAAUGAUUAUUGGAUAUAAAGGCCAGAAUUUGAACAAAUUAGAGCAUUCCACAAAGUGUCGGGUUAUUAUUCCAAAGAAAGAUGACUCCUCAUCCAAGGGUAAAACCGUAAUUUUACGAUCAUCAGCCAAGCGCAAUGUUUUAGAUGCAAGACGGAAAAUCAUGGCAAUAGUUGAAAGAUCACGAUCUCGUUUGGAGCCGAACUAUUUUAUCUCGAUACCCAUUGAGGAUGAAAAAUUAACUGAACGAUACAUCGAAUUUAAGAAUCAAGUUUUAGCUGAAGUUAAAAAAGAACCACAUCGAUAUCAAGGAAUUUGUAAUGAGAUUUUUCAGGAUCCCGGUCGUCUUCAUUUAACUAUUUGUAUGCUUCUCGUGUUAGAUGAUGAUGAGAAGAAGCAAAUUAUCCAGAAAUUAGAAAAGAUUCAUAAAGAAAAGAUCAUGGAUAUUAUCAACAAGAAAAAGAUUAUAAUCAAAAUAUGUGGAUUGGAGUAUAUGAAUGACGAUAUAAACGCUGUUGAUGUACUUUACGGUAAAAUUGAGCACAAUGAAGAGCUUCAGCAAAUAUGUGAUCUUCUCGUUGAUCAAUUCAAGAAUACUUUAUUCAUUGCAAGAGAAAGAGCGAAAGUAGUUCUUCAUUUAACUUUGCUCAAUAGCAAAUUCAAAUUGGAUAAAGCCGAACGAGAAGGAUGGUUAAAAGACAGGAAGAAAGAUAAACGGGAAAAAUACUCGGUGCAAGAACUGAUGAAUAAAUUUGGCGAUUACUAUUUUGGUGAAGUUCAAGUUAAAUCAAUUGAGUUAGCCAUAAGACAUACUCGCACAGACAAAGGAGGAUACAAAUCAGCAUUUACAAUCGAUCUGACUAAAAGUUUAUAAUUACCAGCUAAUAUCGUCUUACUUUGUCCAUUGUUGUAUUUAUCACUUUACAGUAAUCUAAUAUUAUUAUUAAAAUUUACUCUGGUAAAUAUACUUUUUUAUUUAGU